AUGAUUCCGACUAAAAUCAAGAAAGAGUUUCUAAAAUGCACUAAGAAAUUAGAAGAUGACCCACAGACAUCAAGAUUAAAGUUAUGGGAGGUAGAGAGCAAGCAAAAAGUUGAAGAAAAGUUACCCCCGGGACAUAACAAUAAAUGGAUGGUCUGGAGAACACUAAAUCACCUACGUACAGGAGUCGGUCGUUCGAGGGAGAACCUAAAAAAAUGGGGAAUAAGCAAUGGGAAUGAAGACACGAGCUGUAUACGUGGAUAA